AGGCGCCCGCCACCUCGCCCGGCUAAUUUUUUGUAUUUUUAGGAGAGACGGGGUUUCACUGUGUUAGCCAGGAUGGUCUCAAUCUCCCGACCUCGUGAUCCGCCCGCCUCGGCCUCCCAAAGUGCUGGGAUUACAGGCGUGAGCCACCGGCGAGGAGGCGGAGGCUUGGGGAGGCUAAGCGCGCUGAGCUGGCGGCGGAGCGGAGCUUCCACUAGGGCUCCCGCACCGCGCCCGCCGUCCUCUGGGCCACCCAUCCCACCCGAACGCGCCACCGCUCUAGCCCGCGCGUCACCGACGCCCGCGGCCUCUCCCACCUCUAAGUUCCAGGAAGCUCUCGGCCUCUAGCUGACCGCGUUGCUGCUGAGCUUCCCUGGGGAGGAGGCGCCGAGGUGCCCGGCGCGGGCCGAGGCAGGGCUGGGCCUCGCGGGCAGCAGGCGGGAGAAGAAAGGGCGGUGGGGCAGGUCCCGGCUGCGCGGGGCAGUUGUGCGCACUUGGGUUCUUCACGCGGGACACACGUGGAACGCCGACCCCUGCGCCCCUGGCCGCUGGCAACUGGCAAGGCCGGGAACAGAAAGUGUAGGGACAGAAGAGCGCUAGAGUCUUCCCCGGGAGGGAGCCCGGGGCUGCAGCUCAGGGGCGGGGAGCGGGGCGGGGCUGGGAAAGUUGAGUACUGGUCGCGCAGGGCCGGGCUCCGCCGGAGUGCCCGGCGCAGAAACCGUAAAAGGCUGGAGCGGGCGGGGUAGGUGUGGCUCUGCCUGCGUGACCUGAGCCCCGGUCCCAGUCCCUGUCGUCUCCUGCGGCCGCGGCCUCUCAGCCAUGGGCGCCGUCUGGUCCGCCCUGCUGGUUGGAGGGGGUCUGGCCGGAGCACUUUUCGUUUGGCUGCUGCGGGGCGGCCCUGGCGACACCGGGAAGGACGGGGAUGCGGAGCAGGAGAAAGACGCCCCUCUUGGGGGAGCUGCGAUUCCGGGAGGCCAUCAGAGUGGCAGCGGCGGACUGAGCCCUGGACCUUCCGGGCAGGAGCUGGUCACCAAACCAGAGCAUCUUCAAGAAAGCAAUGGACAUUUGAUUUCUAAGACCAAAGACCUUGGAAACCUGCAAGCAGCAUCAUGGAGAUUGCAGAAUCCUUCCAGGGAAGUGUGUGACAAUUCAAGAGAACAUGUUCCUUCUGGACAGUUUCCAGACACAGAAGCUCCAGCUACCUCUGAGACCAGUAACUCUAGGAGUUACUCUGAAGUUUCAAGAAAUGAAAGCCUUGAAUCUCCUAUGGGAGAAUGGGGAUUCCAAAAAGGACAAGAGAUAUCUGCUAAAGCAGCUACAUGUUUUGCAGAGAAGUUGCCUUCCAGCAACCUGCUCAUGAACAGAGCUAAAGAAGAAAUGAGCCUCUCUCAUUUGAACAGUCAGGACCGGGUUGACCAUGAAGAGUGGGAAAUGGUGUCUAGGCACUCAUCUUGGGGGGAUGUUGGUGUGGGUGGCAGUCUUAAGGCUCCAGUGUUAAGCCUUAACCAGGGAAUGGACAAUGGAAGAAGCACUCUGGUGGAAGCAAGAGGUCAGCAAGUGCAUGGGAAAACAGAAAGGGUAGCAGUGAUGCCUGCAGGGUCUCAGCAAGUUAGUGUCAGGUUCCAGGUCCAUUAUGUCACAAGCACUGAUGUGCAAUUCAUUGCAGUAACUGGAGACCAUGAGUGUCUUGGGAGAUGGAACACUUACAUCCCACUCCACUAUAACAAGGAUGGGUUCUGGUCUCAUUCCAUUUUCCUGCCUGCAGAUACAGUGGUGGAGUGGAAGUUUGUGUUGGUAGAGAAUGGGGGAGUUACCCGCUGGGAAGAAUGCAGCAAUAGAUUCCUAGAAACUGGCCAUGAGGAUAAAGUGGUUCACGCAUGGUGGGGGAUUCAUUGAUUCAGUUUGCAAAGUAAUGGAGAAGCUGCAGAACAAUGUGGAAGAGGCUGAGGUUGUGGAACACACUGAAUAAAAUAAAGGCAGUGUGACUCCAAAUUCAGCCAUCCAAAUUGUUUCAAAUUUGCUAGUGGAUUUUGUCUAAUGUGCAGAAAUAUAGAUGUGUGUGUGUGUAUAUAUAUAGGCACACACACACAGAUAAUGCUUCCAGUGAAUGUGAACUUUUUUUCCCUGUGGCACUGAUUGACGGACUUGUGCUGAUCCAUUAUUACUUUAGGGCUUGAUUCUCUUGGGGAGUGAGUUGGCUAAGCUUCAGGUGUGAACUGUGGUCAGGGAGCAAAAACAUUAACCAGCUGCCCAGGGUUCAAGCUUGAGCCUUUAGGUGAUCUUUAAACUAUGGUAGCAAAAUAAGCCUCACUCAAACAUAGCUGACUUCCUAUUGGUACAGCUUGAAAAGCACUUUUUACUACAUACACAUUUUAUGCUUAAAAAGUUAACAUGAUACGAAACUGUGAUUAGAAAAUAUCUGGCCUGGAUGUGAUUAGUAAGGAUACAAGAUAAUGCUCUAAGACUGCCUAAUGCUUUUUGUUUGAUCUUCAUCUGCCAGGCGUGGUUAUGUGCCAUGAGGGUAGCAAGUAUGUCUUUGUCUUAAUGAUCUAAGGCUGGUGUAGAAACAAGGGGCCUAAUGAGAACCAGUCAUUAUGGAAGUCAGUCGAGGGGGCAGCCCAUAAGGAAAGGGAACGUGAGUGGGGUUGGGCGUAGGCUGAAUGAGGUGGCCUGAAUGACACCUCUUAGAGGACCGUGAAGUACAGGCACAGCCUGACUGCAGGGAGGGACGCACCCAUCAUUUACCCAUGGGAGCAUCUGUAGGACCAUCUCUCUCCCACUUCUCCCCUCCCCCACUGCAUCUGGCCAGAUGGACUGUCCUACAGCAAUCGUUUCCAUCUGUCACCCUCUUCCCUCUCCUUUCAUACCAGUCACUAUCUUGGGUAACAAAUUUAUACAGGACAGUGGCAUAGAAAUACAUCGUUGCUCUGAGAAUAAGGCAAAUAUUAACUUUAAAUUAUUAUAACUGAACAAAUAAUAAAACCUGAAUUUUAAUAUCUUCACUUGAUGUCUGAA